AUGGCUGCGAUACGCAAAAAAUUAGUGAUCGUCGGUGACGGUGCGUGUGGUAAAACAUGCCUGCUCAUCGUAUUCAGCAAAGAUCAGUUUCCGGAAGUGUACGUGCCGACUGUGUUCGAAAACUACGUCGCCGACAUCGAGGUGGAUGGCAAGCAAGUUGAGCUUGCGCUCUGGGAUACGGCUGGCCAGGAAGACUACGACAGGCUGCGGCCUCUGUCGUACCCCGACACGGACGUGAUCCUCAUGUGCUUCUCGGUGGACUCGCCCGACUCGCUCGAGAACAUCCCGGAGAAGUGGACACCCGAGGUAAAGCACUUUUGCCCUAAUGUGCCCAUUAUCUUAGUGGGGAACAAGAAGGAUCUGCGUAAUGACCCGGCCACGAUCAACGAGCUUCGCAAGAUGAAGCAAGAGCCGGUGAAGCCGCAGGAAGGUCGUGCGAUGGCCGAGAAGAUCAACGCAUUCGCGUAUCUGGAGUGCUCUGCCAAGAGCAAGGAGGGAGUGCGUGAGGUGUUCGAGACGGCGACUCGCGCCGCAUUACAGGUCAAAAAGAAGAAGAAGACUAGGUGUUCCCUGCUGUAA